UUUGGCCAUUCAAGAAGCUAGGAAGCUAAGAAGCUAACAGUUUAAUAAAGCAACAAAUAUACUUUCAGCACUUAAUAUUACAGUUUAUUCAUCUGUGUUCUUAAGGAGUUUGAUUCGCAUCAAUCCCGAAGAGGUACAACACGUUGACCCCAGGUUUUAGGUCUUUAAUUAGAUAGAGCGUUUGCGUCUAAUUUAGCUGGAUAACAGGCCGACGCUAACGCCAGUCGGUUAGCACAGCUAUUCGUUAACAUCGAGCAGUUAGUAUUUCUGAUGUCCUACUGUCAGAAAGUUAUCUUAUUGAUUUGCUGCUCUGACAAAAAUUGUUAAUUAAAACUUCUGCUUUGCAAUAUCGUACAGAUAUGGCUGCGGAUUGGUUGGGUAGUUUGGUGUCAAUUAACUGUGGGCCAACACUGGGAGUCUAUCAAGGAGAGGUAUCAUCUGUGGACCAGUCCAGCCAAACCAUCUCCUUAAGACAACCUUUCCAUAAUGGAAUCAAGUGUCCUGUCCCCGAGGUCACAUUCAGUGCCAUUGACAUAAAGGAACUAAAGAUUUUAGAUAUCAAAAAUGGCAAUGCAAGGAACAGCUCCUCUGUAUCUACCAAGGUAAGCAGUGCUCCAGUUGCAGUCCCAAAAGGUGACCCCAGGUCUGUGGAGAAGGUAAACUCCCCUCAACACUGCUCUAAAAGCUAUGGAGAGCGUCAUCUGGAUGUUCCUGGCCAGCCUAAAGGUUUUCGUCGAAGACACAACUCCUGGUCAUCUAGUAGUCGAGGGGCAAACCAAGUGACACCGAAAAAGAAUGGGGUGAAGAAUGGUCAGAUGAAACACAGAGAUGAUGAGUGUUUUGGGGAUGGCGUGGAUGAUGGCCUGGACACAGACUUUGAUUUUGAAGGAAAUUUGGCUCUUUUUGACAAAGCAGCAGUUUUCUCAGAGAUCGACAUAUCGGAGCGCCGUAACGGUGCAAGGUCACGUGGGACACCACAAGAGCAGACACCUUCACGUUACCGUCACGAUGAGAACAUUCUGGAGGCCAAACCUAUUGUGUACAGACAGAUUACUGUACCACAGCCUGGAGCCAAAGAAUACUGCACUGACUCUGGGCUUGUUGUGCCCAGUAUAUCCUAUGAACUACACAAGCGUCUGUUGACGGUUGCUGAGCGUCAUGGUCUCUCACUGGAGCGAAGACUUGAAAUGACUGGAGUGUGUGCCAGUCAGAUGGCACUUACAUUGCUGGGUGGGCCCAACAGAUUCACUCCAAAAAAUUUACACCAGCGUCCCACAGUGGCACUUCUGUGUGGCCCUCAUGUUCAGGGGGCUCAGGGCAUCAGCUGUGGUCGGCACCUGUCCAAUCAUGAAGUGGAGGUCAUCCUGUUUCUGCCCAAUUUUGUCAAGAUGCUCGACUCUGUCACCAGCGAGCUCACACUUUUCAACAAAACGGGGGGCAAACAGGUGUCAAGUAUCAAAGACCUUCCAGACACCCCAGUGGACCUAAUCAUUAACUGCCUGGACUGCCACGAGAACACAUUCCUAAUGGAUCAGCCUUGGUAUCGAGCAGCUGCAGAUUGGGCUAACCAGAACCGAGCACCAGUGCUCAGCUUAGACCCUCCUGUUAGUGGACAGGGUCAAGCAGUUGAAGCGAAGUGGUCCCUCUCUCUUUGCCUCCCGCUUCCCCUGGCUGAGGGAGCUGGCAGGGUUUACCUGUGUGACAUAGGUGUUCCUCGCCAGGUGUUCCAGGAAGUUGGAAUCAAGUACCAUUCUCCCUUUGGGUGCAAGUUUGUCAUCCCCCUGCACUCUGCAUAAAGGAACUAAUGGUUAACAUGACAGUUGAAUCUUUCACCAUCCUUGACCGUUUGGGUUUGGGCGCCUUAUAUUAGAGAGCUUCAGCUUUCAGUUCAUCCCUUAAGUUUCUUACUCAUCAACAUGCGAAAGGGACUUUUCCCUCACACGGAAGGACCACUGUUUGGUAUGUUAGUCCGUUCUACAAGGACUAAAUGUAUAUGAAUGGAGAAGGAAAACGUCUUCAAACCUUUUUCUUUAUUGAAAAAAUAGAUAGGCUUCAGCAAUUAUAUAGAUAACAUUGUGUUUACAUGAUAUAACAAGAUAUUUUGAAAAUAGGCUAUUCAAAAAUACGUUCAGUUUUAAAUUGAAUAGGACAAUCUCUGACUUAAAGAGGAAAACUUCUGAAUGUCAUUGUAAUCUAACGUCAUUCAAAAGCCAUGUUGUGAAUAAACACAGAUCCACCAUCGAAUACAUGCAAAUACAAUGUUAUUACAUUAAUCUCGAUGAGACAACAGAAAAAUGACACUGGUGUUAGCAUUACUAAUGGCUUCGCUUACAGCCUUCCAUACUUUGUAGCACUUGUUAAUGUUGUCUGACGCUUUAUUAAGAUAAACCAGAAAUUUAAUCGGAGCAAAUGUGGAAUAUUUGUCAUUUAUAUGAGUGAUGAUGUUGUCAAACUAAACCAGUGUUGAAUGGGGCAGCUACUGAAGAGAAUCCAGAUGUCAGAAGUUUUGUUUGUUCAUGGUAAAUAAGGCUGUGGUAUAAUAUGCCACAGCCUGCAAAACCUCUAGCAAUUUUCCCAUCAAGUGAUGAUUUGGGGAAAGAUGUUAACAAAAAUUUUAGUUAGACUAUGAGCUGAAGGACCAUACCAUUGUCUUUGGAAGUUUCAGGUCCUUAACUACAGAUCAUGUAUCUUUAACAUUUCUACUGAUAAUAUUCAAAUUCAGGCAAUUUCAUUUUUAAUGUAUUUUUCAGUUAUAUAUAGUUAUUGGUUUCAUUCAUUACUGUACAGUAUAAAAAUUAACAGACUCAAAGUCUAUAUUAUGUAAUCCUCCACAGUUAACAUGAAGUCUCCUGUUACACUAACAAGAAUUAAUGCAGACUUGGAGUUUUCUAAAAGAUUUUCAUAUUAGACAGAAAUGAAUAGAAGCCAAUGGAUGCCUGGAACAGUAAAAAAAAAAAAAAACACAUCUAAAUUUCAAAGACAUAGUAGCAUGGUUUGCAGAUGGUUAUUUGUGAUGUUAAAUGUAAAUGAUUUGUGAUUAGUGGGCUCAGAACCACUGGUACGGUCCUUUAAGUUUCAAACUACGUGAUCGUGUGAAUUUCAACCUUUCAGGUCAGAAUGUCAUUUUUUUUGAUGAAAGUUGUGUUGGCUGAAAAAAAAAGAUUAACAUUUUCUAAAGUAUAAUUACUCUGUAUGUGGGAUUGAAAUGAUUUUUUUUGGGUGAAUUGUCUUGAUCUGACCUCACAAAAAAUUAUCAAGAUGCACCGUCCUGCACUGAGUACCUGCUAUGUACCAAUUAGAUUGGGUCUUUGUGAUGAGACAUUGUUGAGAAAGUUUUUCAGUUUCAGUCUGACCAGGAGAAUGCCUGUUUAUGUAUUUGACUAUUACUGGUAUUGACCGUAAAAACUAAAGCAUAGACUGUGAAAUACUCAAUGAAUUUAAGAGAAGAGCUGCUCGUUUUGUGCUGCUUUUUGAGACCUUGAUAAAGGGGUCAGAGGCAUCUGAAAUGCCAGAUCUUUUUGACAAUGUAAGUCAAACCCUUGACAGUUUUUUUUCUUUUUUUUUCCAAGAGGGGGUAGUUGUGUUAAGUUCACAGACCUUUAUUGGACAUGCAACUUUCAAACCUCAACAUUUGCUUAAUUCUGAGGUGAGUCCUGUAUCACUGAGGUCAGUGUAGUCUAGAAAAGGCUGAUUUCAAAGAGUACACACUUACUACAAGGAGGCUACAAAUCCAGUACUCUUUAGUACAUGGUGUUAGGUGUGGUAUUAUGUCCUCACCUGAUACCACGCAUUGAUAAUAUCUCAGGAGGAUUAAAAAUGCUUGCAUUACAUUUGUUGUGUUGUAUUGUCUCUGUGCACACUAGUCCGCACAGGGUUUGUGUGCUGAUUCAGUGAAAGUUACUGUCGUGCACAAAUGUUUUGUCCUUUCUCCAACAUUCCUCCAGCCUGAUGUGUUAUGUCACAUCUGUUGAGACAAGUCUGGCUCGGAAACGUCAGACAGUGUUACUGAAUGUGAAGAUGAGCUUUGUCUCUCUUUGGCCGCCAGGGGGCCAUGAAAUCACAUGUUUUGGUGGCUCUUCCUUAUUGUGCUGUAAUGGCAGCUUUAUGUACUUAAUACCAUUUCCUGCACCAAUAGUGUUAUUUCUUAACGAAUUGCGAACAGUCAGAAACCGUUUGGUAUAAACCCUUUUGACAGGAAAACACCUGUGUGGAAGUGUUUAAAAGGUUAUCCUUCCUGAGAUAGAUUUAAAUUAGUUUCAAAUUGUCUGACCCGCAGAGGAGGUCUAGUCCAUGGAAGGUCCGUUUUGCAAUUCAGUAAAAACCGCAUUAAAUGAACGAGCCAGUGGGAGGUUUUAUGUAGACAGGACAACUGUUUCCUUUUGGGAUCGAAGUUCACUGUCAAGGCUCUUGUGCAAAAAUACUGUGCAGUCCUCUUGUGUCUUAUGUGCAGGUUGAAACAAUAAAAAAAAAUUCCCACUGAGCUUU